AUGAGGCCCACACUCUCUCUCAUCGUCGGCAUGGCCGUAAUGGCUGCCGGACUUGCCUCCGCUAGCGUUGACUCCGCCGUCGACUCGCCUGCUAUGGAAGUCGAGCGAUCUCUGCCUGUCGUCGAGCGAGCCCCCGGAAUGGUGCUCCAGAAGCGACGAACCACAAAGGCCACCUGGUACGGUGGUGGUCAACUCGAUAACCCUGCCUGCGGUGGUGCCACCCCCACCGACAACAGCAUGGUUGCCGCUGUUUCUGAGAAUGGACCUUUCCAGUGUGGUGACCACAUCAAGCUCUCCAAGGGUGGUAAGAGCGUCACCGUCAAGGUUGUGGACAAGUGCGCUGGCUGUGGAGCACACCACAUCGACCUGACAAAGGGUGCUUUCAAGAAGCUUGGACCCCUGUCGGAAGGUGUCAUCCACCACAUCACCUACUCCACCUAA